ACAACGAUGGCCUCAGCCGCUCCCUCUACGUCCACCAUUCCAUCCUCGUCGACAUUCUCGUUCACCGCACCAUUCCCGCCAUCACCAACAUCAUCGCUAGCGAAGCAACGCCGCGUUUCGCUCGCGCUCCCGUCUUCCCCGCGCAUCUUCCCCGCAUGGAGCUUCCGCGACGACACCGGACUCGGCGUGCACUCUGGCGACCCCGAGGACGACACAUCGACUACGUAUACACCAGAGAAGAGAGGCAAGAUGCGUCGGAUUGCGACCGACGAGCUACGUACAGACGGGGAGACCAGUACGAGUCCGCAGCCACACGGGUGCCCGUCUCUACCUGAGAAGAAGCCACGGAAGAAAUGGACGAUGGAGGAGACACAGAUGCUCGUGGCGGGCUGUAAUAAGUGGGGCGUCGGCAACUGGAAGUCUAUCCUCAACGACCCCGACUUCAGGUUCGACGGUCGUUCACCUGUUGACCUCAAAGACCGAUUCCGCACAUACUACCCCGACGCAUACAGGCAGCACUAUCCCAAUGCCAAGACACAUCUGUCUACCAAAGUGCGUUCCGCGCUACCGGACGGGUCCUCAAUCUUUGAGAAGACGCGGAGCAAGAAACGACGGCCCUUCACCGAAGAGGAAGACCGCGCAUUGAAGGCUGGAUACGACAAGCACGGCACCGUGUGGGCGACGAUCGUCAAGGACCCCAUCUUCCAGGCGCAGAAUCGGCGGUCGACCGAUCUGCGCGACCGUUUCCGCAACGCAUUCCCAGACCUAUACCAAGCUGCGGGAUACAAGCCACGCAACACGACGAAGAAGAAGCGGGAUCAGCUCGCGCAGCCGACCCGUGCUGCCACAGACGACUCGCUCGCCACCACUAGUGCCGCAGGUCCCGUCCGCAGGAAACGCCGGAACACAGACCAGGGGAUCUUUAGGGGUGGCACGAAGAGCGUGCCCGAGAGCGCGAACGUGUCUGAGGACGAGGAGAGCUCUGACGAGGAGGAUGCGCCGUUCCUCAAGGAGGCCUUCACUGCGCCACCUGCUGAGGAAGUCCCUAUGACCCCCGACGAGACCUCCCUGGAAGUCGACAUGCAGGCGCACGACUCCAUCAGCGACUCCGUCACGAUCCCUGACUUUAAUCCCGGUUCAUCCUUCUCCGAGAUGACAGACUCGUCGCAGUCCCAGGCGUGGUCCUCGGGCAUCGACACCCCUGUUCAUUCGAGCGUAUGGUCGACCGCCACUAAUGCGGCUUCACCUACCUCUUCCCACCUCUCAAUCACCGACUACUUCAACAACUCUCCGUUCCCCGGUCGUGCAGAUGGCGCCAACCAGAUGAUCGGGAAGUCCGCGUGGGGGCCCCAGGACUGGCUGUCUGCAAACCCGCGCCUCGAGCCCACAUCCAGCAGCUCGUCAUACGCCGGUGGAUUCUCGCCCGCGCCUUCAUCACCAUUCUCGUUCGCCCACAUGAACCAUGGCGUGCUGGACCGCUACGACCUCUUCCCCACAUCACUCGCUCACGACUUCGUCUCCGAGGGUGGCGUUGACGACGCACACUCAACCUUCUCUGACCCGGAGAUGUUCGCAGCCAGCAGCUACCGAGGCUUCACCCACCACUCAAAUUACGCGGGCGACCUCAUCUUUGGCAACCGCACACAUCAACCGCAACACUCAACGGAUUACGGACCUGGCUUUGGGUUCGGUGAAGCGGGCCUUGGCCUGUCCGGCUUGCAACCGCUGAGCACCACGGCUAUGCACAACGCGCUCCGUACUCCCGUCCUCCCUGGGAUCGACGAGAUCGAGCUGACCUCGAUCACACUCGACGACCCCGACGUCUCUGUCCCGAUGGAGGAGACGGUGGACACCGCCAUACCCAAGGAUGACCCCGGGUCCGGGCAACCCACGCUCAACCUCUCCGACCUGAGCUCAUUCUCGCUCCCGCCACAGACGCUCGAAGAAAUCAUCGGGCUCACGCAGGAGAUCCAUGUCACCCCGCCCGGCACCCCGCAGUCGCACGGACGGACGCACCGCAUGCAGACGGGUGCACACGUCGCGUCCGCACAUAACCGCUCGAUCUCCGUGCCGCCGUCGGAGCACCGCGCAUACGACCCCCGGGCGCCGCAGACGCAGCACAUUCGCCCGAAGCCGCUCGUCUCGCCCACGCGCUCCGUGUCGCUGAUGGACUACAUGCCCAUGCACGCCGACCAGCAGACGCACGCCGCACAGCCCAUGUUCUCCUCGCUCACCCAGACCGCGAACGAGAUGUGGAAGCUCCCGAACGGCGGCAACUUCCCCGGCCAGAGCGUCCCGGGCGCUAGCAGCUCACACUCGGGCGAGAACGCGAACUACGACCUGCCGUUCCUCGACCUGCACUACUACUCCACGCUGCACGGGGGGAACGGCGCCGCGUCGGGCUCGCAGGGCUCGGAGACCAUGGACGCGUCCGCAGCGGAGCAGGUGCGCCAGGGCCAGGCGCUCGACCUCGCACAGUCGUUCGCGCUGCAGACGAAGACGCUGUCGGAGCUACCACAGUCGCUGGCGCAGCACAUCCCCAUGUUCCAGUCGUGGCAGAACGCGCUGAGCGGGGCUGCGUCUGCGAUGGGUGCGCAGGGGAUGUCGCGCAUGCCUCCGUCGCACCACCGCGGCCAGAGCGUGGUCUCGCCGCAGGACCUGCUCCUCACGAAGGGGAGCGACAACAAGCGGAAGCGGUCGAGCUGGGACGGGGGUCCGCGCUGAGGCGGGAUUUGGAGGUGCGCGGGGGUGCAGUUCGCUUUCUGUGCAUGGCCGCCGUUUGUGAACGGGUUUCGCGUUCUGUGGUUUUGGCUACGGCCUGAUCUGGUUUCUGCUCUGUUAUCGCAUGCUAGGAAUUUCGUCUUCUCUUUUCCCGUUUCUCGGUUCUUAUUCUCCCUCAUUCUGCCACCUCUCUCGCGGCUCGUUAUGCUCCCUGGAUUUCUCUGCUCGUUCGUAGCUCGCUCCGCAUUGUUCAUGCAUGUCUAGCUACCAUGCCUCAUCUCAAUCGCAUCGCAUCGUCUCC